CUGCUUCUAAACCCCGCACUUUUGGUUCGGACAAAAUCCCUCAGCAUCGGGCAAAAUUUUCAUAUGGGAUCAUAAGGUAUAAUCAGGGGUUAUCGGCUCCGAUCGGAUUGCAACAACAUACAUAAUACCCUUCGCCAAGUUCAAUUCCCCCCCAGAGCUGGUCUCUUCUCGCUGGUCGACUCACCUGUCCAAAAAAAAUCUUCGACAAUGGUUUAUCCCUGUUCAGUGCUUACUACAGCCAUCAUUGCUGUCGGAGUUGCUUCUUCCGCUCUUGCGAUUCCAUUAUCAUCUUCUGCUGCACUCAGUGACAUGGUAUCGAUGCCAGGGACAGCGACAGCACCUUUCGAUCUCAAGCCUGACAUCCAGAUGCCGGUACCUCUUCCUAGCUCAGUCAAUAGUCAUGGCAAAGACCUCGACAGUGUCAUCUUCGACAAUCAUACAGGACUAACUCACCCUACUAACCCUACGGACGUGUUACCCAAGGCCAAGGACCAAUCACUCUCAGCAUCGUCUAGUUUAUCAAGCCCGACACCACCCAUCCACAUAGAGCGACGGGAUACCAUGUCCAAAGAACAAGCCAAAUCGUACUUGAAUGAAUUAGAGGUUCCAAACCGCUGGUCUCUGGUGACAAUUUUUCAGACAAUGCCACUGAGAGCGUGGAAUAUGAAGAAUAAAGAAUUGGAAGGAGUUCAAGGAGAAGAAAGAGGUCAAGGAGUACAUUGAGAAAAAUCAACUCACUGAUCCUGGAGUUCCGAGAUUCUUCGAGGCUUAUUAUUUAUGUGUGAAGGGCGGGUUGUUGGAUUGGUGUAUAGCUUCGGAAUGAUCAAUCAUGGUAGAUACUAUAUUUAUACCCUGUAAUCUGGACUCGUCAUGCUCUGCUUUCGUGUACAAGGAAACACAACAACGGAUAUGAACUUCUGCUGGAUUUAGCCUGCGGGUGGUCACGAUGGAAGAGGAGGAUGGGGACGGAGGGAUGAGGAUAGGGGAAACACUGGUGAACAUUGUUCUACUCGUUAAGGCCCGGCACAUAUAAAGACACGCAAAUGUUCCAAACUGAUC